AUGCCGCCCGAGGACCAGAGACGAGUAAUCAACGGCGGCACGCUAGUGAGCUGUCGUGAUGCUGUGGGGGUCAUGAGGUCUCGGGUUCGGCAGGCAAGAGAAAAGGAGGCAAUUCUGUCAGGCGCCCAUCUGGCUGAGAAUGCCACAGCCUCGUCUGGACGCCUGUCCAGGCCAGCCAGCAAGGAUGAGGUUGAGGCUUUCAUCGCCGCCAACCGGAGAUGGAUGACCCCAGAGUCAGAAGAGAUCCUGAAGCUGAUGAACCCACAUGAUCAGAAGCGGGUCAUCUCUGCAGGGACACUAUCUGGCUGCCGAGAUCCUGUUGCCGUGCUGCAGACACGGGCGAAAAGGGCUCGAGAAAUGGAGAUUGAGUUCGAGCUCAUUGCCAGUGGCAAGAAGGUCGAGCCCCCAAAGCCCGCUGCGGAAACGAUGCCGAUGCCCGUCUUCAGUGCGGAGGCUGCGCACGCUUUCAUCCAUGCAGCCCCACAGGAAGUUCGGUCAGAGAACUCUCGCUUUGCACCUCCGCCGGAAACAGACCCGGAUAGUUUCGUCACGGAAGAGCUGGAGGGUCCAUUGACCGGAGAGGUCAAAGGCAUCGGCGGCGUCAUCGAGAUGUUGCGUGCCAUGGCAGCAUGCGACACGAGGUGCGAGACUGAGAAUUCGAUGAAGCCGGCUUGCGACUUUCUGAUGUGUAAUGGACUGAGCUUGACCGCCUUGCGGCGAUACCGGGAAAGCACCUUUCAAUCUGACAGCCGUCAAGUAAAAGUUAGCCGCCACGCUUCGCUUGAGCCCUGCACUUUCUGCCGCCGCUACCACGGUCGCAUCCUUUUCUCCGCUUUUGGCCCGCGCCACCUCGGUUACCGGCCUGUUUUCUCCAACGUCAUGUCCUACCUGAAGCUGGACGUUGACCGCUACGGUGUCCCCCAGUACGCCGGCGAGCCGGAGCUCUACGAGGAGUACGCGGAAAGGGCUUGGGAUCUGUUCUUUGGCCGAGCUGGAAAUGAUAGCACCCAAGCCGUGCGGAAGCUGGAUCACAGCUCCCUGAUCACGAAGGGCACUGAUGGAGUUCCCAACGACAAGGGGAUGAAGUUGCUGCUGCAGACCCUGAAGGACAACAUCGCCCAGGAAGCCCCGGUGAAAACCAACGAGCUGUUCUUCACGGCGUUCUAUUCUCCGGGAAUUUGGCGUGGUCAGAACGAGAGCAUGCAGCAAUACAUUGUCCGUCGGGAACAAGACUUUAAGCGACUGGAAGAAGUGCUCAGUGGAGGCAAGGUCCCCGAACACCUUCGCGCGAUGAUGUUGCUGACCUUCGGUGGCCUUGAUCGCCGAGAACAGCUUAGUGUCCUCAGCUCCACUGGAAACGAGUACAACCUGGACAAGAUCAGCAAGGCACUUCGGAUCCAAUACCCAACCUGUUCGGGGAAACCUGUCUUCCGAAAGGACUACCUUGGUUGUGGCAGAGCUGCUGGAAGCCAAGGUCCAGCGCCGUCAGCCAAGUUUAGGCCUCGUCCCCCAAAAGGGAAAGGGAAGAGUCGCAGCUAUGUGCUCGCCGUCGCCGAUGGCGAGAACGACGACGUCGAUGAAGAUGAGGAAGAGCUUGAGGGCGACGAAGCCUAUGAGGUCGACGAGUGCCCGGAAGACACCCUCAUCGACUCACUCCUCGCUGACGGCGACCUGGCUGAGGACCAAGAGUUCACGGAAGCCCUCGCGACUGUCAUGCAGAAGAAGAAGGACCACUCAAGUCGGCCGGUGCCUGGCCAGAGCUUCAACUUCAAAGCCAAGGGUGAGAUGAGCAGUGACAAGGCCAAGGAGAGCCGCAAGAGCGCGGUUCGCUUCUUGAAGACCAUCACUCCCUGCACAAGCUGCGGACAGAGAGGUCACUGGCAGGGUGAUCCCGAGUGCCCAAACAAGAAGCCUAGCAAGGGUUCUGGCCCAAAGAAGCGAGCGAUGCCGAAGAAGAAGGGGUCCCCCUCGUCCUUCUUCGUUCAGUCCGACCUUGCGAGCGUCGAUGGCUUUGCGGACGUUGAUGCUGCCGGUGCCACGGUCCUCUUUGCGGCCUCCGACGACCUCCCGAACAUCAACUCCCCAACGUUUUCCUUUGGCAUGUUCAACAAUGGUUUCGAGCUGGCCAGCGCUGACAGCGAGUCCUUCAUGGUUCUUCGCGACACCGACCUGUGCGGGCACAGCUCCUACAAUGGAGGUGACGAGAGGAAGUUUUUCAGAUCAGCCAAUGGUCACAUGAGAGGCGUCCAUUGCAAGGACGAUGUUUGUGGUCGUGCCGUCAUCUCGGCGCAACGCAAGGAACCCGUGCAGCUGUGGAAGUACUUUGUCCUCGUGGCGCUCACGACGAAGUGGGGUUCCAAGUCCCGGUCUUGGGAGGUGUGCCAGUCUGUGUCUCGUGCCCGAGACCAAGCUCGUGCAGAAAAGGAGAAGGAGGCCGAGGUUGAACUUCAACGCCAACAUGACCUUCGCGGUGGUUACCCUUCUCCGCUGCCAGUUCCUUUCCUCCGACCGCCCUCCGCCGCUGCAUCGUCUUCCAUGGCGCAAGACGACUGGAGCGUCCUUAACGUCGAGCUUGACCAGCACAUGAAGCCCCCCAAGGCGAAGAUUGUGAGACCGGAGUCCAUCAAGCAACGGGCAUGGGUGUAUGGAGUCUGCAUCGCCUCGGACACUUGCCUGCCGGCAUUCCCUGAGUUGGACCAGGAAGACCAAGACAUCCUCCAACCCCUGCCCUCCGACAACGACAUGCUUGGAGCCGACACGCCUUUCUGCGGGCGUACUUUCGCAGACGUGGCUUCGUCUGCUGACGGGACCAUCUUUUGCUCCUCGAUCCUCAACUACGCCUUGGCCAACAACCCAAUGCAGCCGACGGCGUACCGUUUCAGCUUCUACCUGUACGGUCGUUUGAAGCUGGUGAAGGGCGCAGUCGACCGGAUGAGCGGCAGCAGUGCCGAUGGACAGAAGCGCGUGCGUCGCCCAGGACUGCGACGUCAUGAUGGCGACUUCCAGCUUGGAGAAAGAUGCACGAACACGCCGCUCGCCGACGAAGUCGUUCCCGAGACCUACGUGACCUCUGAAACCGACCCGCCUGGCCUCGCCAUCUUGGACUCUGGCUGCACCAAGACAAUGCAUGGAGAGGUUUGGGCAGAGCGAUUCGAGGCUGAGCUGGGCAAGCGCGGCCUUUCCCACCACGCGAUUCCAAAGAAGCAGACUUUCAAGGGAGUUGGAGGCCAGACCCAGAGCAGGAUCGCCAAGAUAUACCCCAUCGGCCUUGCCAAAGUUCAUGGGGAGAUGUGCUCUUCCGAAGCCCCCGGCGCACUCCCACUUCUUCUGUCCCGACCUUUCAUGGAGGAGCUCGGCACGGUGAUCGAUAUUGGCCAGGGUACAGUCUCUUUCAGCGAGCUUGGUGUUCAGAACCUCCCACUUCUUCGAACAGAAAAGGGGCAUCUGGCUGUCAACAUUCUUGACUUUGACCCAGAACAGCUCCCCAAGAACGAGGACUUCAUCGAGUGCCAGGCCAAGCUCGACUAUGCCACCGACUACCCCGAUGUCCCGGAAGGGUGGAACCCCGACGACUUCGACGACUACCGCCUCCGACAGGACGUGCUCUUCUUUGAGACUGAGAUUGCCCGACAAGAGCAUACCUUCCGCAAGGUGAGCAGCCGAAAGUCGAAGAAAUUGUUGGCCAUGUCUACGUCCCUCGACGGCUAUGACUUUCAGCAGCGGCUUGUCUUGGAAGGAAGGGCGAGGAUCAGCCACAGGCCCCCCUAUGGCAAGAUGUGGGUCAAGCAGUUGUUUGCAGGACAAAUGGCGCUCACAGUCCUUUGCGCGUUGGCAGGCAUGUGCGCAGGAUGUCCGCUUGACGCUUCCUCCUCCGCUUGGGAUGCAUCCACUGCAGCCGGUCGUCGCAUGGCACAGUAUGACUUGAAGGUCGAGGACCCCUACCUCACGGUGAUCGCGCAACCUCGUGUCCCUACAGUGGAAGGACGUGAGGACGGGCGCAAGGUGCUUCAAUUCAUCGCCAAGACCGUUGUCGACCGGAUCAACCAGAAAAGACAUGUCCUUGUGGAGCAGCCGAGGGAGUCCCAGUGGCUCCAGCAACCCGAGCUCAAGGAAGUGGCUUCCCUCAUCGACCGCGGCGAUCUCCUUGCCAUUCACUCCAUCUUUGCCGACUGUCAAUGUCCUGGAGGUCAUCUUCACCAACCUCUUGUGGCUCGCGAUACUUUCGGCAGUCGGACUUGUCAAGCUGCAGAAUGGCCUCCUGAACUCAACCAGAAGGUGCUGGACGCCGUCGUUCAACAAGCUGAGGUCGAAGCGUGUGCUGUGAAAGAGGCCCAGGAGGCCUAUCCUCUGGAACGACAACAAGCUUCUCAACGUCGCAGGAGGCCAGGACGGGCAAGCGUGCUCACCGAACAGUACAACGCGCCUCCCGUUUACCUUCGCCCAGACCACUUUGAGCCAGUUCCUCCUGACGACGAAGCCGAUAGAACGUUGGCUGAGCUUGUUGGAGAAGAAUCCCGAGGCCGCAACUUGAGAGUCGUAAGCCCAGGAGACGAUGCGAGUCACAGAGCAAUCAUGGCUGAACAGCUAGAACCAGUCCUGAAUCUGAGCGAACAAGAUCGACGCAGGAAGUGGCUCCAGCUGCGACCUGAGCUCAGAAAAUGCCUUCGAGAUCUGCGUGUGAACUUCGGCCACCCCACAAACACUACGUUGCAAAGGAUCUUGAGGAGGCAGAGGGCCACGCCCGAAGCCAUUCGUGGAUUGCGGACAAAGCCGCAGAAACCGCCGGCCAAAGCCCGUCAGGCUCCCCGGGCACUACGAGUUCAACAGGCACCUGCUCAUCGACUGCAUGUACGCAAAGGACAUUCGCUCCCUUUCACCUUCCUGAACAUCGUCGAUGAAGCCACUGGAUUCCAAGUUGUGUCGUGCAUGGGCUCUACUCAAGGCCCGCCUGCCUCAAGGGCAGUCCUACGGCACUUCCUCACUGCCUGGUCAAACUGGGCAGGCUUGCCUGGAAGUCUCCAGGUUGACAGAGGGAAGGAGUUCAUAGCCCAGUUCGCUGACUACCUCAAGACUUUUGGCGUCGAGCAGGAAGUGAUGCCAUUGGAGGCACCUUGGAAGAAUGGGCGCGUGGAGAAGGCAGGAGGCCUUUGGAAAGAUCUCUUCGAAAGAGUUGUUCACGAGACUCAGAUCGACGGCCUCCAGGAUGUCAUCAUUGCCACGGCCAUCGAUAUUCUCCAAAUCAGUGGGUCCUGGGGAAAUCAGAGAUCCGACUACCUGGAAGCAUCUUGGUGGACGAAGAAGCUGAACGUCUGGAAGUUUUGGAAGCCACCGAGAAUCCUGGAUUCUCUGUCUAUGAGAGAGGCAGCCAGGGUGGCCCAAGUCCGAUUGGACACAGACGGUCGUGUUCGACGAGCGCUCCUGAGACAAAGUACGCCGACUCGUGGCCCAUACCCAGUGGGAAGCUAUGUUUACUUCUAUCGGGCACAAGCGCCGCCCGGUGCUCAGACAACAUAUCGCUGGCAUGGACCGGCGAGAGUCAUCGGCGUGGAGCUUCGGAAUCCCCGUCGCCUCGCAGAUGGAGAUCUCCAACUGAAGGAGGUCAACCUCAUUCCUACUGGCUUAGGUAUGGGGCCACGGUUGUUCGCCAGCGAAGAUGAACUGCUUGCUGCGCGCUCCAUUCCGCAGGAGAUCUUGAUGCCGCCCUAUUCCAGGGGCGCGAGAGGUUUCGCAGACCUACGGGCUCAACCUCUUCUUCCAGCGCAGCAAGCACGUGAGCUCCAGGAAGAGAGCCGCGUGGAGGCAUUCACGGGUAUCCCGGUGAUGCCCGAGUUGCUCCCACCUAUCCCUGAAGAAAAUGACGAUGGAGGUUUGCUGGAUGAGGCUCCACGACCGAUGGAACGCGACGAUCCUCCUCUACCUCCUCCAGAGGUCACUUUGCCAAGGGGCACGAGCAACAUUUUGACUCCAAUGACGUCGGUCCCUACAAGCAUUUUUCAUGACUUGGAUCUUCUGGAUGGUUAUGCGCCUGUGAGAGAACGGGGUCGCGCCGUAGAACCUGAAACUCCUUACAUGUCGGAAGCAGUGCUCUACGGGAUCCCUCCCCUGACCGAGACCGUGCGCAUGGCACGGCUGAAGCGCAUGAACAGCAACGGCGAAGAAGAGUACGAGGCCGACGUCGACGAGGACGAAAGUGAUGAUUGCUUCUUCGUCUCCCCGGCCGAUGCCUUCCUCACGGGCAAGGCCACCAGGUCAGAAGUGAGAUUGAAGGAUCUAUCCCAAGAAGAUCGUCAGGAGUUCAUCAAGUCCAUGGCGAUGGGAGAAGUUCAACGCCGUGGAAAAGCUAACAGCACAACAAAUCGAGGACCUCCCCAAGGACGUGAAGAUCAUUGGCACGAGGAGCAGAUUCUCAGAGAAUUUCCCUUCGAGGCCAAGUCGAGACUCGUUGUGCAAGGACAUCAAGAAGAAGGGAACGACAUCAGGAGUGAUUCACCGACCGCCUCACUCCUUGCCUUCAACCUCGUUUGCUCCGUGGCAGUAAUGAAGGGAUGGCUGGUUACGGCCUCUGACGCUUCCACAGCUUACCUUCAGUCUCAAGGGAUAAGCCGCUUGCUUGUACUUCGACCACCGCGACCUCCACCUCCAGGCAUCUCGCCUCAUGACCUCCUUCGAGCAAAGGGAUCCAUUUAUGGAACAAAAGAUGCUGGGCGUGCUUGGUGGAAGAAGCUCUACGCCACGCUGAAAAAGCACAACUGGCGCAUGUCCAAGAUCGAGCCAGCUCUCUUUAUCCUCGCUGAAGGGCCCGACCUCAUGGGGAUACUCAUCUCCCACGUCGACGACCUCUACAGCGCUGGAGAUGGCGAGAAGUACGAGCUCACGCUGAAGGAGAUGGAGACUGAGCUUCACCUAAAGAUUAAGAGGGGCGAGUUCCGAUUCUGUGGAAAGAACAUCACCCAAAAGAACGGCGAGAUUGAGCUGGACCAGAUCGACGCUAUCGAGGGCAUCGACUACAUGGUCCUGGACAAGAAUAGACGCCGCUCACCUGGAUCACCCUUGACUGAUGCAGAGAAGACAUUGUCUCGAGGCCUGAUUGGUCAGAUGGGCUGGGUUACCCGCCAGUCCAGACCAGACCUGAUGGUCAACGUGAGUGUGGCUGCUCAAUCAAUGGGCAAGGCCACGAUUGGAGAUGUGGUUGAGCUCAACAAAGCCGUCAAAAUGCUCAAGGAUACCAUCGAGAACAAGUGGUUCUUCAGGGACAAUGGCUUCCUGGCUGGAGUGGAGGCCGCAGAGUACCUCCGUUUCUUGCUGCUGGAGCUGGUCCACCCUGACGUCCCCAUUGUGGAACUGGACCAGGAGUAUGUCAAGAAGAAGGUCCUGUGCUUCACAGAUAGCAGGAGUCUAGAACAGACUCUGAACAAAGAUGCUGGACAGCCACAAGACAAGAGGGUUCGCAUUUUGCUAGCCCAAGUGAAGGAACUCAUUGGCGAGAAUGACUACCAGGACGAUUCCGCUGCUUUCGCCAAGUGGGUUGAUACCAGCUGCAUGCUUGCAGACGUUCUCACCAAGGUCGGUUGCGAUCGGGCUCCACUGUUGGAUGCAUUGUAUAGUGGCACUUGUCAGUUAGAGCCGACUGAAGCAGCCAAGAACCAGAAGCUGAUGAUCCAGGCCUCGCGGCAUGCGCGAAAAGCGCGCUCGAGAGCCGAGGUAAAAGUUAGCCGCCACGCUUGUGAGACGGCUGCAUUGCUGCAGUUCGAGGGCGGCAAGACGGCGCCCAAGAAUCACGAAGGCAUGGGCUGGAAAUGGAUCAUAGGAGCGGGCAACGCAGCAUCGAAACAAAAAGAUGAGGCGGCUCGACAAGCCGAGAUCGCUGCUGCCUUCAAGGCGCGAGAAGAGCGCUUGGCCCAGGAAGCGAUCCUGAAGGCCAAAGAGAAGGAAAAGAAAGCAGCGGAAAAGGCCGAAAGAGCAAAGCACAAAGAAGCAGAGUCAGCAGAGCAAGAAGUGACCCAACCAGAAGGUCAGGUUAAGGCAGCAGCUGAAGUUGAAGGACAGGCGGAGAAGCUGAAGGACUCCGGCGCAGAAGCAAAGGAGAAGGCGGGGGAGGCGGAGGCUGCCAAGAAGCUGGAAGACAAAGAUGCUGAUAAAAGGAAGGACAAAUCCAAACAAAAAGACAAAGAGAAGGAGAAGGAUGAUAAACAGAAGCAGGCAGACAAAGACAAGAGCAAAGACCAGGUGAAAGAAAAGGAGCACGAGUCGAAAAAGGAGCAGGAUAAGGAGAAGAGCAAAGAAAAGAAAGGAGACAAAGCUGACUCCAAGACAAAAAGUAAGGAGAGCGAGAAGGUUAAGGAGGCGGACAAGCCGAAGGAAAAGAAAGACAAAGAGAAACACAAAGGAAAGGAGUCCAACAAGGAUUCCGACAAGGAGAAAGACAACAAGGCCAAGGUGAAGGAGAAGCAGAAGGACAGCAGCAAACAGAAAGACAAGUCACGAUCGAGAUCGAGGCGGAAGGACAAGUCGAGAUCGAGAUCCAAGGAAAGGCUUAAGAAGAAAGAUCGCUCUCGGUCCAGGUCAAAAGACCGCCGGAAAGAGAAAUCCAGGUCUAAGGAUAGGGAGAAGGAGAAACAGAAGGCCGAGGGCAAAGAGAAGAGGAAACGGAGUAGCAGCUCCAGCUCUUCGCAAGACCGAAGAAAGGAAAAAGCAAGGGCAAAGGAGAAAGAGAAGAGGCAGAAAAAAGGCAAAUCAGACGACAGCAGCCGUUCAAGGAGAAAGGACCGCAAAAGAAGGCGGCGGAGCUCAUCGUCGUGA